GAGUGAGUGUGGUCGCGGCGCGCGGCGCCGGAAGCUCCCCGGAAUUACGCGCGCCGGAGACGACGGCAUCCCUGAGGCAGCUCUUGCAGACGUGUCCGUGGACCAUGAGCGUGGGCUUCAUCGGCGCAGGCCAGCUGGCCUGUGCCCUGGCGCGGGGCUUCACGGCCGCAGGCAUCCUGUCGGCUCACAAGAUAAUAGCCAGCUCCCCAGAAAUGGAUUUGCCCACGGUGGCCGCGCUCCGGAAAAUGGGAGUGAACCUGACCCGGAGCAACAAGGAGACCGUGAGACAGAGUGACGUGCUGUUCCUGGCCGUGAAGCCACACAUCAUUCCCUUCAUCCUGGAUGAGAUUGGGGCCGACGUCCAGGCCCGGCACAUCGUGGUCUCCUGUGCGGCCGGGGUCACCAUCAGCUCUGUGGAGAAGAAGCUAAUGGCCUUCCAGCCGGCCCCCAAGGUCAUCCGCUGUAUGACCAACACACCUGUGGUGGUGCGGGAGGGCGCCACGGUGUACGCCACGGGCACGCAUGCCCUGGUGGAGGACGGACAGCUGCUGGAGCAGCUCAUGAGCAGCGUGGGCUUCUGCACAGAGGUGGAGGAAGACCUGAUCGACGCCGUCACUGGCCUCAGCGGUAGCGGGCCUGCCUAUGCAUUCAUGGCCCUGGAUGCGUUGGCCGAUGGAGGGGUGAAGAUGGGCCUGCCAAGGCGCCUGGCAGUCCGGCUGGGGGCCCAGGCCUUGUUGGGGGCUGCCAAGAUGCUCCUGGACUCGGAGCAGCACCCUGGCCAGCUCAAGGACAACGUGUGCUCCCCCGGCGGGGCCACCAUCCACGCGCUGCACUUCCUGGAGAGUGGGGGCUUCCGCUCACUGCUCAUCAAUGCCGUUGAGGCCUCCUGCAUCCGGACACGGGAGCUGCAGUCCAUGGCUGACCAAGAAAAGAUCUCCCCCGCGGCCCUCAAGAAGACCCUCCUGGACAGAGUGAAGCUGGAAUCCCCUUCUGUGUCCACAUUAACCCCCACCAGCCCGGGGGUUCUCCUCACGAGAAGCCCAGGGCCGGGAGGCAAGAAGGACUAAGGGCCCUCCUGGGGGUCUGUCCAGGGAGGGGGCCACUCAAUCAUCCUGGGCAGGUGAGACUGGGAUCCCCAUGUCCCACUUUGGGAGAUGCUCGGGAGUAGAGGGGGCACCAGAAGCCAGGUGUAGCCCCGCAGACCUCUAGCUAUUGGGAGAGAAGCAGGAGGGUUCCAAGGGUUCUUCACCCAGAACCCUCAGCAGGGUCCGUGUGCUACCCAGUCAGGAAGGUUAGGUCUGAGCGAGGGCCUACCCUCCUAAAUAAAUGGGGAACAAGCAAGCAACUUAGAACUGUCCAGUGAAUCAGCAGCGUAAGAAGCGAAACUGUGCUUCUGUAUAACUCU